AUGGAAGAAGCUGGAGAUGAAAUGAGAAGAAUUGUAUGUGUUUUCGCGUGUAGAUUAUGGAGAAGGAGAGGAUGGCUUACAAACUUGAAAAGCUUACAAAUAUCCUGCAGUAAGGUCACAGAUUUCGGCAUCACCUGUUUAAAAGGCCUGCAAAAGCUUUAUAUUUUGAACUUGGAGGGCUGCCCGGUUACUGCUUCAUGCCUGGAUUCUUUUUCUGUUCUUGUAUCUCUGUUAUAUUUGAAUCUUAGCAGGUGCAAUUUCUCUGAUGAUGGAUGUGAGAGGUUUUCUAAGCUAGGUAAUCUGAAGAUAUUAAACUUGGGUUUCAAUGACAUCAGUGAUUCGAGUUUGAUACAUCUGAAAGGUUUGACAAAUUUAGAGAGCUUGAACUUGGAUUCAUGUAGAAUUGGUGAUUAUGGGCUGGUUCAUUUGUCAGGUCUUCAACGAUUGAAAUGUUUGGAGUUGUCUGAUACUGAAGUUGGAAGCAAUGGCCUUCGCCAUCUUUCAGGUUUGGUUAAUCUGGAGAGCAUAAACCUGUCAUUUAAUGGAGUUACAGAUGGUGGUUUAAGAAAAUUGUCUGGACUCUUGUCUCUGAAAUCACUCAACCUGGAUUCUCGUCAAAUCACAGAUGCCAGACUUGCAGCUCUUAUCAGUAUGACUGUUCGGAGUGCCUAUUUCAGUUCUUUGAAUUGUCCUUUUAGUUCUUUAACAUGA